UCUUACUUGAAACAUUUUUAAAAACCGAGCUAACUAUACAAGUCACUCAUCUAAUCCGAAAUAAAGAAUUUUCGUUUCUUCCAACAUGAAACAGUUAAGAAUUAUGGGCUGUUCCGCAAUUGUACUAUUACUAUUCUGUUUAACUUCAACUGAUGGCUUUCUCGAAACGCGAAACUCUCAAAAUUUUUUUGGAAGCAUUUGGCAACACUCGUUGGGAACUUCAGCCGGAAGAAGAGAAGUUGACACUUUGCGAUCACUACCUCACGAAAAAAAUCGAAUAACUUCAACUGACAGAAUCAGAACGGUUGAUAAUGCUCAACAACUUGAUAAACUAGACGAUACAAGACGAAAUAUUCGAGAAAUACAGACCACUGAUUUUUGGCGAGAUAUUCGAGCAACUUCAACUGACGACAGAAUUCGACAAUCUGACCGAGAAUCACGUCAAAUAAACAAUCAAGUAAGUCAAAAUAGACGAGAAAUUAACAAUUUGAACAGACGAAUUCGCGAAAAUCGAACAUCUGACACAAGACGAGAAACAACUGAACCAAAAUCUCGUCAACUAAACAUUCGAGAUAGUCGAGACAGACGACAAGUUAACAACUUAAAUGACAGACAACGAGUUGAUAAACAUCGAGAAUUUCGACAACUUAACAGUCGAAAGAGUCGAGAAGUGCAACCAACUGACAGUUCUCGUCGCCAACUAGAAAAAAGCAAGUUUGAUCAAAUCAACAACUUGAGUGACAGAAGACGUGAAAUUUCUUCUCUUCGAUCAACUGACAGUUUUCGUCGCCAACUAGAAAACCGUGAGUCUCAUCGAGUUGACAAUCUGAGUGACAGAAGACGAGAAAUUCGAUCUGUUUCACAUGACAGAAUUCGAACAACUGAACCAAAAUCUCGCCAACUGAACAUUCGAGAUACUCAAGACAGGCGAGAAGUUAACAACUUAAAUGACAGACAAGGAAAAAUUCGCUUAGUUGAUAGAGUUCGAGAAUUUCGACAUCUUGACAAUCGAGAAAUUCGGUCAACUGAUAGUUUUCGUCGCCAACUAGAAAACCGUAAAUCUCGUCAAUUUAACAACCUGAGUGACAGAAGACGAGAAUUUUUUUCUGUUUCAACUGACAGAAUUCGAACAACUGAACCAGGAUCUCGUCAACUAAGCAUUCGAAAAAGUCGAUCAACUGAAAGUCUCCAUCGCGAUUUGAGUGACCGAAUUCGGAAAAUUCGAUCUGUUUCUUCUGAUCGAAUUCGAGAAUUUCCACAACUUGACAAUCGAGAAGUACGGUCAACUGAUAAUUUUCGUCGCCAACUAGAAAACCGUGAAUAUCGUCGAGUUAUCAACUUGAGUGACAGAAGACGGGAAAUCCGUUCUGUUUCAUCUGACAGAAUUCGAACAACUGAACCAGAAACUCGUCAAAUGAAUAUUCGAGGAAGUCGACAAAUUCGAUCAACUGACAAUUUCCGCCGCCAACUAGAUAAUCGUGAGUCUCGACAAGUUGGCGACUUGAGUGACCGGGAAAUUCGAUUCGUUUCUUCUAAUCGAAUUCGAGAAUCUCAAUCAACUGAUAGUUUUCGUCGCCAAGGUGAAUCUCGUCAACUUAACAACCUGAAUGACAGAAGACGAGAAAUUUCUUCUGUUUCAACUGACAGAAUUCGAACAACUGAAACAGAAUCUCGUCAACUGAGCAUUCGAAAAAGUCGAUCAACUGAUAGCCUCCAUCGCCAACUGGAUAAUCGUGACUUGAGUGACCGAAUUCGGGAAAUUCGAUCUGUUUCUUCUGAUCGAAUUCGAGAAUUUCAAUUAACUGACAGUUCUCGUCGCCUACUAGAAAACCGUGAGUCUCGUCGGGUUGUCAACUUAAAUGACAGAAGACGAGAAAUUCGAACAACUGAACCAGGUUCUCGUCAACUGAGCAAUAGAAAAAUUCGAUCGAAUAAGAGUUUCCCACGCCAACUGGAUAAUCGUCGAGAAACACGAUCGGUUGAUCGAAUUCGAGAAUUUCAUCGUGAGUCCCGUCGAGUGAAACAAAUGAGUGACAGUCGCUCUGAUCGAAUUCGAGAAUCUCGCCAACUUAAUAUUCGAGGUAAUCGAGAAAUUGACAAUGAGAGGCGAGAAAUUCGCUCAGUUUUAGCGAGAAGUACUCAAAACAACCGAGAUCGUCGUCUCAGUGAUGCCACUCGCCACAUUUUGACUUUGUCAUCCAAAGACGAAAACAACAAUUUUGCAAGAACAGUCCAAUCAACACCAAAUGAAAGAAGAAUGGCCACUUCUUUCACACACGAUAUUGACUACAUUCCCGAAUUGACAUCAGGUGUGUUAAUAAAUACCGUCAAAGCAGUACUGCUGUCGUUUCUCCUUGUCCAGGUUGUUAGUAAUUCUUCCAAAAGCAAAAAGAAUUGGUUUUCUAACUUGAGUAACUUCGUGACCGUCACUAAGGAUAAGGUACUUUAAAUUAAAGGUUUUUUGACGAAAUCUGUUAAGAUUAUUUGUUACUAAAGAAAUUAUAUUUUGUUACAAAAGCCGCAAGAUUCUCAAACUUUGAACACAAAUAAUGACAACCGCUAUGCUCUUUGUACCUUCUUGUGAAUUCUAGCACUAGUAGUAGUAAUUAAAUCUUGUACUAGUCAACUAUAUCCAUGUAAAGUCUAUGUAACACAGCAAAUAAAAAACCC